GUAUGAAAAACUGCGACCCGAUCUUCCUCCAUGUUGAAUUUUCUCUUUCUGCUGCGAGGUUUGUGGGUUAUACAGGUCUUUAGUACUCUUGAUUUUGCCCCUCUAAGGAUUCGUACUCUUUCUUAGAGUCAUACUAGACUCGGUAAGCAUUGCAUUUACUUCAUUGACUGAUAACUAAUUUAUUAAUUGAAAAGAUGGCCAAGAAGUGUCUGUAUGUUUGAUCUCUGUAUAACGUGGCCAUGCAAUAUUUUUCAAAUCAGAGGGUAUGUUUUGGACACAAAGCAUCCUUAUACCAAAUCACGCUUGCAAAGCACUUUAAAAAGCAUGUAAACAAAACGAAGCACCCAGUUCAACAGAUGGUUUAUUUAUUGGUAAACGCGGCUAACUUUUAACCUCGAUCGUGCAUUAUCUCUCCUGUAAUUGGUACCUGAGGGUCUUAAUGGGGUGACAGCUUUCACUGCUAAAGGUUAAAAUUUUGACCAAUUUACGGCUAACUUCAUUUAUGACUAGCGGUUAAAAUUUGUCAAUUUUUAUGCCUAACGGCAAAUUAUUUUGGCCGUUUUAUGGCCGAAAUAGGUUUUAACUCCAUUGGGAACCUCGUAGUUGUGCAUGUGAUCACCGGAACCCCAUGAAAUAAUUUUUUCUUUUUUUUUUUCAUUAUUAAUUUGUCGCAUGAAAAACGUGAACCGACUUUCGACUAAGCCUGAGCAUUGAACACAACGACUCAAGACACUUCCUCUUCAAGCUCCACUUGUCUCGUUUCUUAAUUUUAGUUACUUCGUUUUCGUAAUUUGAAUGCGUCAUUCUUUGACUUUCUAUUUUCGGAGUGUUUCGUUUUCAUGUUUACCUUCUGAACUUUCAUGAUGGCCCAGCUUCGCAGGAAAAACAGAGGUUUGCCUUUCAUGAUUUGCAACUUUCUAGCUAGCAAAAAUCAACAAAGUAUUUUCUUCUUCCCUUUUUCUUCAUCACUGAUUAAGGGAGCAUCAUUAAGGGAGGAGUUUUAAAUGGGAAUUUUUGGGGGCCUCAGAAGGGAACCCCGGUCAGUGGUACUUUUUCUGGCCCACAGUUCACCGAUUUCUUGUUUUCAUCUAUUUUUUCGUCAUUAUUAAUUUGACAACUUGUUUUUGUGCGCUUCACUCCAGUCAGUGGGCUCUACUUCUGUGUCCAGAACAUUGAAUCGUUUUCCAAAAGAUUUUAAAAGAAGGUCAAAAUAUUGGGGUUGCACUCGAAGAGGUAUCGGUGUGACCUGCCGGCAGAUAUCGCAUCCAAAAUUAUUCAGUAUUAUUCAAAUUGAAUAAUACUGAAUUUGAAUUUGAAUUCUCGGCGUGCAACGCCGAUGCCGUUAAAAAGUCGUCCAAUAGGAAAAUAAGUUAUUUAUAUAUUACUCGCUUCUUAGUAAACUAAUCUUACGAAUACAAUUAUUGCUUAUUUUUUGUGCUUAUCCGUCGAGCGAGCGUGAAAAUAUUAACUGCGCACCGCGCAAAAUCAGGGGGCGAUUGCUUGCCUCCCGUUUACCUGCGGCGAAAAUUUUUUUACUAUUUAAUUUAGUUUCUUCAAUUUUUAUUCGUGCGACAGAACGAGGAAAAGGGACUACCCGGGCUCUAACAGCCAAGAGCAGUCAUCCCAACUAACCAAAAAUAAAGUUCUGAUAAUGAAAUAAUUAAGUUGUUUAUUCUAAUUACUAAAAUUUACACGCGCCCUUUAUCACGUCAUAAAGGUAAUUACGACUUUGUCAAACGUUGUCUGAGGCGUUUUUACGUAGUGCUUGCCAGUGGAAAGUUUUCAAAAGUUGGCAAGAUGAAGAAGUUUUUACUAGCUUGUUUUGGUCUUGGAUUUGCACUCGGAGGAAGUUACUACAUGUACCGAAGAUGGCAGAACUCCCGUGAGGAAAGCGACGAUACUGACGAUCCAAACGAUGGUAGCACCACUCAGGUAAAUUAAUUAAGGAAAUUUUUAGAAUCUCACCAUUUUUUUGUUUUUUGUUUUUUGACGAGCUCUAAAGAUUCUAGCAAGUAGUUAUUUUCAACUUAAGCGAUUCGUAGAAUUUAUUUUCCCGCGCUUUAGGCGCUUAGCUUGUUUUACUUCGAGUUUUUUAUCGGCUUUUGAAAUUCAAGGUAAUUUUUUCCUUACCACAAUCAAUCGUAAAGCGCUCUAUUAAACUAAAACCGAGUAAAACAGACUGAACCAUGUCUGAGGCGAUCUUUUUAUUUUGUUUCCUAGGAGAGAGCACCAUCCCUUGAGCCUGUUAAAAUAACACUACCAAGUAUCUCAGAUGGAGACAGCAGUGGCAAGCGAGACAAAGCAAAGAGUAACAAAAACACCAAAAGCACCAAGAAUAAUUUUGGGGGCAUGAGGUCCGGUUUUCUUUUGUAAUCGUGUACUUCUGCUACAAUCAACAAAAUACUUUCAACCCUUUUCCUUUAUAAAAAGAAAAAAAGAAAAAAAAAACGAGUUAAAAAAAGUUCUUUGCAUAAAUAUUACUUCCGAAACUGUUUUUCAACCUUUUUUGUAGCAGGAAAAAGAGAAAGGAACUUGUUUUAAUCAAAAAUGCC